AUGGACCCCUCCCUCAGGCUGCCAGUGUCCGCCUGUGGAUUCAUACUUGGUUUUCUCACCGUCUCGCUCUUUGGAACCAAAGGAGAGGCCGAAAACCUUGAGCUCAAACUAAAGGAGAAAAUCUCCUCAAAUCGGACACAUUCUUUCCUGCUGGUGACGGAGCAGGACAUUGGCGAUCUGCUGAUGCUGAAGUUUAAGUGGGAAGAGACAAACGGUUGGUCGGCUUCAAACAUGCUGAAGAUGGUCUCGUCGUGGUGGUCCGGGGACAACGAGGCCAACAACAUGGACGUCCACCGGAUCCGUAUCAGAUCGGGAGAGACCCAGCAAAAGUUGGUCUUCUGUCUGAAAGAUCCAGGAUCUCACAACUUAAACCAAGAACUGACAUUUGUAAAGUGUCAAGAUGCCUGGAAGAAGGCAAAGAGAUUUCAUCUGGAUAGUCUCACAGCCCGAAGCUAA